CAUUGUUUUUAUUUUUUAAAAAAGAUAAGGCACUAAUAAACAAUAGCAGGAAUUGGGGAUAAAACUAUAUGUCUAAACAUGGACCAUACUAUAUGGACCAUAAAUGGACCAAUGAUAAGCCUAUAAUUAUAUGUUCCAUAAAAUGGAAAAGAUAGUAAGAGAAUCCUAUGAACAACUUGAGUAAUAAAUUUUAAAACUAGACCAAAAAAAUCAACAAAUCUUAGAAAAAUACAACUUAUAAAAACUCACUAAAGAAGAAAUGAAAAUCUGGAUUAUUCUAUAGUUAUUUUAAGAGAUUGAAUCUUCCCACAAAGAAAACAGUGGGCCCAGAUGGUUCUAUAGGCAAAUUUACUCCUAAAGGGAAAUAAUUCCAAUUUUACACAAAAAAUUUCAGAGAACAGAAAUGAGAAUAUUUCCCAACCCUUUCCACAAGGGUAGGGGAACUUUGACACCAAAUAAAGUAAAAUAAAAUAAAAUAAAAUAAAAAAUUAAGGAAAAUGCACAAAGCAAAGGUACCCUGAGGUACCAUGGAUUGGCCCCAGCAGUGACCAUCUCCAGGUUCAAAGUAUAGCCUGAGGUUAUGCCUCUUACAUCAUCCCAGAAGAUGCUGGAAUCCUGGAUAGGGGUACUCUCAGACACCCCCCACAGUUUCUUUUCCAAGUCAGACUCUCUCCACUGGGUCUUGUUGGCUCAGGUAUCUCUGGUUACAGUGGACUGUUUCUAGGCCCUUCUAUGUCCAGGCUUGAGAUUCACAUCUGUACCAGAGACACUGGCUUUUUCUCUGCUUCCUGCCUGCCCUCUUCCUUCUCGAUCAGGUAAGAGCUCCGGGACAAAUGGAAUAUCUGGUUCAACGAGGGUGACAAACAACCAUGAGCACGAUCAUGCCCCAGUCCUGAGUAGGGCGGGGUUGUGGAGAUCAAGCCACGUGGGCCGGCUCCCAGGUGGCGGGUCUUAGACAGCAGGCGGCGCUAUGGCGGGAGCCGCGCUGGGCGCGCCGGGCCCUCUGGCUCCAGGAAGCCUGUCGCCUCUUCCGCGGCUUCCGGCGCGGCUCCUGCGCUCCAGACGCGGCCAAGUCAUGGACCGCAACCCUUCGCCGCCGCCACCGAGUCGGGACGAGGAGGAGGACGGCGAGGGGGCCGGGGGAGACUGCAUAGGAAGCACGGUCUACAGCAAGCACUGGCUCUUCGGCGUCCUCAGCGGGCUCAUCCAGAUUGUUAGCCCUGAAAAUACCAAAUCCAGCUCAGAUGAUGAGGAGCAGCAGAUGGAGCUUGAUGAAGAAAUGGAGAAUGAAAUUUGCAGAGUAUGGGAUAUGUCAAUGGAUGAGGAUGUGGCUUUAUUUCUCCAAGAAUUUAAAGCUCCUGAUAUAUUUAUGGGAGUACUGGCCAAAUCCAAGUGUCCUCGAUUGAGAGAAAUCUGUGUGGGAAUUUUAGGUAAUAUGGCCUGUUUCCAGGAGAUAUGUGUGUCCAUCAGCAGUGAUAAAAAUCUUGGGCAGGUGUUAUUGCACUGUUUGUAUGAUUCAGACCCGCCUACUCUGCUGGAAACAAGCAGGUUGUUGCUUACUUGCCUUUCCCAGACAGAAGUGGCCAGUGUCUGGGUUGAAAGGAUCCGGGAACAUCCAGCUAUUUAUGAUAGCAUUUGCUUCAUCAUGUCAAGUUCAACAAAUGUUGACUUGCUGGUGAAGGUGGGAGAGGUUGUGGACAAGCUCUUUGAUUUGGAUGAGAAACUAAUGUUGGAAUGGAUUAGAAAUGGGGCUGUCCAGGCCCUGGACCAACCCCAGGAAGAUUCUGAAGAGCAGCCAGCAUUUAGGAUUGUGCCCUGUAUACUUGAAGCUGCCAAACAAGUACGUUCUGAAAAUCCAGAAGGGCUUGAUGUUUAUAUGCAUAUCUUACAGCUGCUUACCACAGUGGAUGAUGGAAUUCAAGCAAUUGUACAGUGUCCUGACACUGGAAAAGAUACUUGGAAUUUACUUUUUGACCUGGUCUGUCAUGAAUUCUGCCAGUCUGAUGAUCCACCCAUCAUACUUCAAGAACAGAAGACAGUGUUAGCCUCUGUCUUUUCAGUGUUGUCUGCCAUCUAUGCUUCUCAGACUGAACAAGACUAUUUAAAAAUAGAAAAAGUAGGUCUUCCUCUAAUUGACAGCCUAAUUCGAGUCUUACAAAAUAUGGAACAUUGUCAGAAGAAAACAGAGAACUCGACAGAGUCUAACACAGAAGAAACUAAAAAGUCCAAUUUAACCCAAGAUGACUUCCACUUGAAAAUCUUAAAGGACAUUUCAUGUGAAUUUCUUUCUAAUAUUUUUCAGGCAUUAACAAAGGAGACUGUGGCUCAGGGACUAAAGGAGGGCCAGUUGAGCAAAGAGAAGUGUUCCUCUGCAUUUCAAAACCUUCUUCCUUUCUACAGCCUUGUGAUGGAAGACUUUAUCAAAAUCUUACAUGAAGUAGAUAAGGCCCUUGCUGAUGACCUGGAGGAAAGCUUCCCAAGUUUGAAGGUUCCUACUUAAAAACUGAAUUGGAAUUCCUUCUGUGCCAGAAAUAAAUUUUAUUUUCCUCAUUGACUAUUGAAAUUGACAUAUAGGAAAUAGUAGAUAAAGUUCAUAUUAAACCAUAAAUGUCUAGUAAUACA